AUGGACAUACACAUCAAUAAGAAAAGAUGCAGAGACGACACAAGCCCUCGAUCUCCGACUGGCAGUCAAAUUGAUGCGCACUAUCUUGAGGACCACCCUGCCCUCAGCUUUGCCGUGUACAUGACGUACGACUGCUCAGCGCAUCACGAUGAGUUCAAGGAUAGCUUCAAGCGAAUGCCCAUGCCGUAUAUGGAUAGCGUUGUUGCCCAUCAGGCGAGGCCAUAUUUCUACACACUUCCUCGGGAUACUGAGCCUGCAACGCCACGCGCAGAGAAACUCAUACUCUCGGCAGGCUUAGAUCAGGCACUGGACAUGUUUCUCGAAACUUCCAGGAGAAAAGCCUCCAGAGGCGAAGAAGAUGAUCAAAAACACGAACCUUUAAGCAUCAGGCAACAUCCUAAAAGCCUGGUAUACCCAUACCUGGAACUCUACUAUCGAAAUCAAGAACUUCGUGAGCAGACCGUGCGACAGACAGCCCUACCUAUAGUAGCUAAUACGGAACUGGUGCAUAUGAGAAAUCUUUCUUGGUACCUUGAAGCACGUCUUAGUUCCGAAUUUGCGGAAGCAGAAGGCCUGUUCCACCGUGGAUUGACUAAUAGGAAACAUUGGGCCAAGCUCUAUCGCCCUGAGGCUGUGGUCGUUACCCAAGAAUCUGGGCAGCCGCGGGCUUAUGUCUGCACAUCUUGCCCAGAUAUCAAAGAAGGAGCUCUUCGUCUGCGAUGUUGGUCUUGGGACUUCGACGGAAAAUUCUUCAGGAAUGAAGUAGUCCUGGUCAUCUCUUGGCCUUCCGACAGCGACACAAUCCCUAUCACCGAUCUGCAUGCAUACCCACUAAGGCAUGCACAUGAACAUAUGGAGCAAGAGCUUCAGCAUCGAGGGGAGGUCUUCUGGGCUUGCCGCUCCAGGAAGUUCGUUAACUAUGGCGUGCCCUUGCAAGGCAUGGAAGUCCAAAUUGUAUUACACUCCUAA